AUAUACCACACAGACUCUAUUUUAACCAAUAAUUACUACCAACAAAGCACUACCAUGGGCGAAAUUAUCUUACAUCACUUGACCCAGUCGCGGUCGCACAGAAUCGUAUGUUUGUUGAAGGAACUUGAUCUCCCGUUCGAAUUUAGGGUGUAUCAGAGAGAUCCGGUGACCUCUCGGUCUCCAGCCGAGUUGCAGAAGAUCCACCCGCUAGGAAAAUCCCCAGUGAUCGAAGACCAGACCGGAAAAGUGAUUAGCGAAUCGGGCACCAUCACUGAGUUUUUGGUCUCCAAGUACGGAGCCAACUCAGAGUUAAAGCCAGCUACCGCCGACGAGGAGUUUGAAAUCAGACACCUCAUGACCCACGCCGAGGGUUCCAUGCAACCGAUUGAGGUGCUUUUGUACGUCACGAGCAAAUUGCGUACCGGGAGUGCUACUCCAUUCUUCAUCAGACCCAUCGCUCGCAAGAUUGCGGAUGGUUUAGACAAUGGAUAUGCGGCCCCAGACUUGAAGCUUCAGUUGAGAUACUUGGAUGGGCUCUUGGCGAAGAAUGGGACUGGGUGGUUCGUGGGUAACCACAUCUCUGGUGCCGAUAUCAUGUACUCUUUCUGUGUCGGCGGGGCUUUCCGAUUUACAGAUGUGACUCCAGAGAAGUAUCCCCAUAUUUGCAAGUGGUGGGACAUGAUCAGAGAGAGACCGGCUUACAAGGCCGCGAACGAAGCGGUAAAGCAGGCCGAAAGCCUGUCAAAAAAGGCACCAGCCGUCCAGUCUAAUUUGUAAAGAUUAACGCCCCGGCGGUAUUUACAUGAAAAAUAUAUGGUUAGCCUGCGAGUCCCUGGAAGCCAAGCAACACAUGCAUUUACGGCCUAGGACUAAAAUUUAGGAAGAAUGUCACGUGAAAGCCCGCAUCGGUUGCCGUUUUAGGAAAGACAACACCUAUACCCCACUCUCUCCUUACGACAGAGCGGGGCUGACGUACUGCAAGUAUUUAUGCAGCAGUGGCAAGAAGGCUUUAAGGGAGGAGAGACCACUGACAUAUGAUCAGAGUGAAAACAAGGAGGAGAUGGAUGUUCACAAAUAGUGUACUUGCCAGUCUAAAGGGGAGUCGUUGCAAUGUAUCGGCUAUUGGUUUAUGGUAAAUUCG